UUCUCGGAGAGGAGCUCCGAGCGACGAACGGCUGCGAUGUUUUCAAAAGCAGCGAUGAACGUCACACAGCCGUAGGCUACGGUUAACGUCCGAUAUUUAGGAGAUAACUGUUAAUAUUGCGCAAUAUUCUACACAAAGUGGAACCCGAAUGAGUCGGAGGGGACGCGAAAGCCGGGUUAAAGGUGCAUGAUGAACCUACUGUGCUGUAGCAGUCUAAGCUAGUCAGGUGCCGCACCAUGGCCAAACCUGGGAGCGACAGAGAUGGAGCCAUGGUGGAUAAGCAGGCGGGGAAGAAGAGCAAAGACAAGUUGUCCCCUUUCACCAAAACUCCGAAGCUGGACCGGAGUGAACUGCUGGGGAAGGAGGGGAAAGCAAAGUCUUCCAUGAAGCGCAAGCUGUCCUUCACGACCAGCCCGCCCCGGACGGAGGAGCGGGAUUCAGACACCGAUGACUCAGACCCAGGCCAGUCGAGUGAGACCUGGGGAGAGAGAUUAGUGCCUCCCUGCAGGAUAUACGCAGAUAAAGAUGGACCAGACAAGAAGAAGGUUAAAAAGGAGGCCGGGGGCAAGAAGUCCCAGGUGCCUAACCUUCUGUUUGGGUAUCCGCUGUCAGAGCGCAAACAGAUGGCUCUCUUAAUGCAGAUGACUGCCAACAGUCCAGACUCUACACCCAGCCACCCCUCACAAACCACCCCUGUGCAGAAGAAGGUCCCCAGCAGCGCCUCGUCUCGGCAGAAAGACAAGGUCAACAAGAGGAACGAGCGAGGGGAGACUCCUCUUCACAUGGCCGCCAUCCGGGGAGACGCCAAGCAAGUUAAGGAGCUCAUUAGCCUGGGAGCCGAUGUCAACGUCAAAGACUUUGCAGGUUGGACUCCUCUUCACGAAGCCUGUAAUCUCGGUUACUAUGACGUGGCCAAGGUCUUGAUAGCAGCAGGCGCAGAGGUGAACACGCAGGGUCUGGAUGACGACACACCGCUACACGAUGCUUCCAGCAGCGGGCACAAAGAUAUUGUGAAACUCUUACUCCGUCACGGUGGCAACGCCUUCCAAGCCAACAAGCGUGGUGAGCGCCCGGUGGACGUGGCUGACUCUCAGGAGCUGGAGCAGCUGUUAAAGGGAGAGGUGCCGCUGUCGGACCAAGAUGACAGCUCGUCAGACUCCGAGGACCCACCAUCCGUCAAUCCAUCCAGUGUGGACGACAACAUGGAAGAUUCUGAUACCGAAAAGGACUCGGAUGGGAAACCGGCCACAAAGGCAUCAUCGUCCAUUCCGGGGCUGGAUGAGUACGAGUUCAAGGACGAGGAAGAGGAGGAGGAUCUCAGCAAAGCCCUGAAUGACAGACACAUCCUCAGGAGGGAACUCCGGCAGCGGGAGAAGGAGGACAAAGACAGGAAUCAUGUGGCGGGAAAGCAGAGCGGCAAGGGGGAUUCUUCUUCAAAGUCUAAGAAGCAGAAGACGCCUCGCGUCCACUGCAGCUCAGAUACCUCCAGUGAUGAAAUGGAGAGUCUGUCGGACAAAAGAAACUCGCCCACCUGCUCACAAAACUCGGAAAGCCUCAAGCCAGACACAAGGUCGAGAAAGGACAAUGCCGAGCAAAAGGACAAGGGCAAAGUUAAGAGGAAGAGCAAAAGCCAGAAUAAAAACAAGGAAAACCAAGAGGACGGGAAAGAGAACAGCAAAACACUGGUCCUAUCUCUUGCGACUGUUUCUGAGAGCACAGAAAAGGGUCGAGAGGAAGACUCGUUCAAGAUGUCUUUCAGUCCUAAAGACGACUCGUCCGUCCACCUCUUCCAUUUGUCAUCCAUCAAAUCUCCCAAACUGAACCACAGUCUGACAGACAAACAAACGCCACUCAAACAAGAAAAUACUAAGAUGUGCGUUUCCAUCAGCGACAGCUCGUGUCCGGUGGACGGUGUCAAAUACAACCACUACACAGACGCAGACUACUGCACUGAAGGCUCCAGCACCAAGGGAUGUAAGCACAAGGAGAAGAGCAAACAUCAGCAGAAAGAUUCCGGUGUGGACGGAGACGACGGUCACUCGAGUCCCUACAAAGACGGCAGCAUAGGAAACAGUAUAGAGAGCGGCGACGGUGCCUUACGGAAGACCGAUUUAGACGGCAAAGUAGUGAAGAAGCAUAAACUCAAACACAAGGAGAAAGACAAACACCGAAGGGAGUACGAGGCAGAGCGGAGCCGCCACAGGCAGAAGGAGGCCAGGAAAGAUAGCCACAGGAAUUUGGAAUUUGACAGAGAGUUCUGGAAAGAAAAUUUUUUCAAAAGUGAUGAGACGGAUGAAGCUCUGCCAGCGAGAAAGGAAGGUGAAGACAACAGCUCGCUGCAGAAGACCUCUGAUUCCUCUCCUGUCAAAGAUGAAAGAAACACAAAGGAGAAACAUUCCGGUAGCAAGGAAAAGAGGCAGAGAGAGGAGCGAGAGAAAGACAAGGCCAUGAAAAAAGAGCGGAAGGAGGCUGCUGGUAAAGAGGUGAAGGAUUCAAAGCUUAGCGAGUGUGACGAGAAAGUGGACUGCCACGGCUCAGGGCGGAUUCCUGAGGAGUCGCUGCAGAGCAACAGCAUGAAAGAAGAGACAGAAGAGAAACCCAUAAGCGGGAUCACAGCUGAUCAAGAACAGCUGGAGCCCUCUGAAAAAGGCUCACGCGAGAAAACUGACAAGAGGCUCCCAGGAAAGGAAAAAGAUUCAGAAAAAAUGGAGAAGAGGCAUCCUGACAAGGAAAAAAAGGUUAAAACGGAGCAGUCUGACAAAGCUGAGCCACAGAAUUCAGUGGAUCGUUGGAAGGAAAAGGAAAGAACAGCGGCCAUUUCUUCCCUCUCACCUGGAGAUAAAAGCUACAAAGAGAAUGAAAAGCUGAAAUCCUUAACCACAACAAAAAAGCAUGAAGACAGCAGGAAAAGUAAAGAUAAGUUUGAGAAGCGGUCUGAUAGGGAGAGGCAGGACAGAGAGUACGGUGUGGGAGAUCACAGAGAAAAGGAUCGAACAAACUCCGACAGGAAAGGAAAACCUCUGGAGAAGACUGCAGAUCACAGUAAAUCUGAUCGCUCCAAAGAAAAGGACUGCGACAAGAAAAAGAGAGAUAAAAUAAAAGAUGGGACUCUUUCCUCAAGCUCCAAUCUGAAACUGCUUUUAGAAGAGAAGAAGAGCUAUCUGUCUGAGAGCAGCAAGUCCUUAUCUACGAAAUCAAAGGAGGAAGUUAUGAGAACGCCAGAGAAGGAUCGUGACCGGCGAGAUCGUGACUCAGAUAGACACAAGGAAAAGGAUAAAGACCGACACAAAGACCGCUCCCAGCAGGCCAGAAUCAGCAAGGCCAAACCCAAUGAGACGGACGCAGACAAGGCCAAAUCAAAAGCUGCUCCAACAACACGAGACGCCAAGCCAAAAGAAAAAAGGCUUGUGAAUGAUGACCUAAUGCAGACCAGCUUUGAGCGCAUGCUCAGCCUGAAAGACCAAGAGAUUGAGCAGUGGCAUCGGAAACACCUGGAAAAAAUCAAACAGAAGGAGAGGGAACGGCUUAAACAACGACCUCUGGCAGAUCCAGGGAAGUCCAAGCCUAAAGACAGGACGAAAACUGAACCAUGCUUGAGUAAGGAGCUAAUGCGCUCAAAAAGUUCUGAAUCAUCCGACGUCCACAGCAGAGACAAACCCCUGAAGGACGGGACCAGCCCCAGGACAAUGUCCCUGGAUGGGAAGAGUCUACCUUCCAUCAGCGCUAAGGUCAUGUCGGCGGUUGAAAACUGUCUGACCAGAUCACCGCGGCCAGAGAGUGAACGCUGUGGCCUCAUGUCCAGAUCCGUGUCUCUAGUCUCCAUCGCUAGCUCCGAGGAUUCGUGUCAGGCCACGACAUUAACACCCAGAAACGUUGAAUACGACUCCGACAUGAACCUGGAAGCCUCAGACUCACAACCUGCGUAUCUCCAGUCUUCCCUCGUCAUUCAAGCCACCAGGUCGCCGUCUGUUCACGAUAAAGAUUGCAACAGUCUUCCCGAUGCUCCCCAAACCAAUCGGACGCUGCUGUCCGGCAGACAUGAAUCUCCGUACCUCAGGGCAAUUCUGGACGAGGACGCCAACUCAUUGACUGAGGCUAAAGCUGUUGAAACUCUGCCAAAACCCAGCCUGACUACGGGAGAGGAGCUGAGAACAAAAGAGUCCUCAGAAACUGAGGAGAGUCUCAGCAGUAAACAAAUUACAAAUUCAGUUGCUGAUUCAGGGACAGAGAGGGAAGGGAGCGCUGCUGGAUGCUUGACAACACAACUGUUAAACAAAGAUCUUCCAAGUAAAAACCCAACACUUCCCGAAUCUGGCAGCUCUCAAACCGGGUCAGUAGAGCAGAAGAGCUCUGCUUCCUCUGAUCCUCCUGUUGUGACAGACGUCCAGAGUGAGACGGAGGCUUCACAGGCAGAAUGUAGUAAAGAAUCUGAUCAACCUCCGAUACCUGCAGUUUCUCCUGCCGCUGAGCUGGCGGCGCUCCAGCAGAGAGAAUCACUCUCAUCUUCUGCUACUGAGAAUCAGCAGCAGACAGAAUCCACGCAAGUUUCUGAUCACAAAGAUAAACUUCCAGAGACUGCUGAUGGAUCUGAGCAAGAAAAUAUGGAAACAAAGUCAGAAAACCUCCGAACUGAAGGGGUGGGGAGUCCUGUACCGUCCACCAGCUCGCACAUUCCCAGCCCCACUGCAGGAGAGUCCUUGCCAGGUUUAAGCAAAACUAACACCGAGUCCAAAUAUUCUCAAGAGGAUAUGGAUGUAGAAAACCAAGACUGCAAGAAAUCAAGACCUUCCAGUGACACUGCAGGCCCGUGUCUUGAUGCCCAGAUGGAGAAGGACAGCGUUCCCAGUGCAAGUCCUGAACCCCAGGCUGAAGAGAUGACCGACGUCACUCAGAGCUCAGAGAGCAGCUGCGAUGCUGCCGUUCCUCUUCCAGCAGAGACUUCGUCCGUCGAAGGCAGCCUGAGUGCAGAAGGCUCGUUUGAAUCCAAAGCAGAGGUUCCGUCGGAGCAGAUGGAGGUGACGCCUGCUGACGAAAAACCAGAGUCGUCGUCGUCGGUCAUAGAAGAUCAGAGUCAAAGCGCCGUCCAUUCGGCAGCUCAGACGGACAGCAGCAACACCUCAGGGAGCUCCUCUCCACAAUCCGGAGACCGGGAUUCCGAUUCCUCGGGGGCAAAGCUCAAGGUUCGCUCUGCGGACGAGGAAGUCGACGUCCACGUGCCGCAUCCACGCAAGAGGAAGAUGCCGAAGGUGUUGAGCUCCCAGCCGUACUCCACCGCCCAGCAGGACAAGGAGAGAGGCCAGCAGUCUCUAGCUGCUAUCGUGGACUCUGUGAAGCUGGAGGAGAUUCAGCCCUACCAGACGGAGAGGGCCAACCCUUACUACGAGUUCCUGCACAUCCGCAAGAAGAUCGAGGAAAAGCGCAAAGUGUUGUGCAGCGUCACUCCGCAACCGCCACAGUAUUAUGACGAAUACGUGACCUUCAAUGGAUCCUACCUCCUGGACGGAAACCCACUCAGCAAACUCUGCAUACCAACAAUAACUCCGCCUCCUUCUUUACCUGAGCCACUGAAAGAGAUGUUUAAGCAGCAAGAGGUCGUCCGGAUGAAACUACGACUGCAGCACAGCAUUGAAAGGGAAAAGCUGAUUGUUUCCAAUGAGCAGGAAGUCUUACGAGUCCAUUACCGGGCAGCGAGAACACUAGCCAAUCAGACUUUGCCUUUCAGUGCCUGCACCGUUCUGUUGGACGCCGAGGUGUACAACAUGCCGCAAGACGUCCAGAGCGAUGAUGGCAAAACGUCGGUAAGAGACCGAUUCAACGCCCGGCAGUUCAUGUCCUGGUUACAGGACGUCGACGACAAGUUUGACAAACUGAAGACGUGUCUCCUGAUGAGGCAGCAGCACGAGGCGGCGGCUCUGAACGCCGUCCAGCGUCUGGAGUGGCAGCUGAAGCUGCAGGAGCUGGACCCGGCCACCUACAAGUCCACCAGCAUCUUCGAGAUCCCCGAGUUCUACAUCCCGCUGGUGGAGGUCAACGACGACUUCGACCUCACCCCGAUAUGAGCCCACGGAAAGACAUGCGUUGCCACGGCGACGGCCAGAUAGGCGACACGAGCGGUGGCGGCGGUCCGUCGUAUUCGGUGGGAAAAAAUGUGAAGCACUUAGAAUGUGGCGGCGACACAAAAGAGCACUUAGAAAAGAGAACGAUUUAACUCCAGAGCUCUUAGAGUCACAAACAGACCACCCACCAGGAAGUAGACGGGUCCAGAAGACCAAACGCUGAGCUGCUCCUCAUCAGCAGAAAGAUUUCAAAUGUUUUCAAAGUGAGUGUUCAUACGUUGUGUACAGACUGUGCUCUUAAUUUUUUAACUUAUUUUAUACAUAAAACAAUUGUGCAUUUGUAAAUAGCCCAUGUAAUUAUUGUUUUAAACCUGUAAAAACAAAAAAUAAUGGAUAUUUUGAUUGUAAACUUGUUCUGUCUGAUGUUUUAAUGGACCAAAGUUGUUUUUCUAUCGAGUCCUCUUCGUCCGUGAUGUUCUUGUUGUCGUUGGCUUAAACUCUAAGCAUGUGUUGGCUUUCGUUGUGUUUUUUGUUUCUCCUGUUUCUUCCUUCCUCAUCUGGAGUUUUACGCCACAGCUGGUGUUUUUGGAUUUUGGCAAUUAAAUGCUGUGCAUGCGUUGCGUUGUUUGUGUUUUUCCUCCAGAGCUGUACUGUGGACUGAAUCGUGAGGUUUACCGAAGUGUUCCAGCAUUUUUUUUCCUUCUUUUGUUUUUUUUGUGUUCUGUCCGUUCUGCAGCCUCACUCUUCAUGUGUCGUCCAUCGUGUCUUGUGCACAUUAAAGUCUGUUGUGGCUUCCAAGGAAAAAAAAAAAACAUACUUUUACAGUUUCAAUGUGAGAUCACAACAAAUCCUAUUUUUUCAACAUAAUGCCUUUUGAACGAUAGUUCUAAAAAAUGUCUAUUUUAAUAUUUACUUGUUACAUGACUUGUACAUAUUUGUAAUAUAUAAUUGAAUAAAUUUUAUUUGUUGUGAAAUUAA